CGGCCGAGGCUCAUUGCUUUGGCGCCGUCUGGGGAGCACGGGGCUGUGGCUGGCGCGCAGCGCAUGGUGGCGGCUCCUCUCGGAGCGCAGCCGACCCGCUGACCCGGGCUCUGUUCCCUCUGUCCGGCGCGCCUCGCGGCCGGCUGGAGGCCGAAACAGCAGCAGCAUUAGCAGCAGCAGCGGCCGCGGCUGCUCCGCCGCCGCCGUCUCCGCGGGAGCAUGGAGUGCGCCCUGGACGCCCAGAGCCUGAUCAGCAUCUCCCUGCGCAAGAUCCACAGCUCCCGGACUCAGCGCGGCGGCAUCAAGCUGCACAAGAACCUCCUGGUGUCCUACGUGCUCCGCAACGCGCGCCAGCUCUACCUGAGCGAGCGCUACGCCGAGCUUUACCGGCGCCAGCAGCAGCAGCAGCAACAGCAACAGCAGCAGCCGCCCCACCACCAGCACCAGCACCUCGCGUACGCGGCGCCGGGCAUGCCGGCCAGCGCGGCCGACUUCGGCCCGCUCCAACUUGGCGGCGGCGGGGACGCGGAGGCGCGCGAGCCGGCCGCCCGGGCCGCCCCUCAGGCCGCUGCCGCCGCGUCCCCGCCCGCCUCCCCGGCCCCCGCCUCUUCCCCCGGCUUCUACCGGGGCGCGUACCCGGCCCCCUCGGACUUCGGCGUGCACUGCAGCAGCCAGACCACCGUGCUGGACCUGGACACUCACGUGGUGACCACGGUGGAAAACGGCUACUUGCACCAGGACUGCUGCGCCUCCGCCCACUGCCUCUGCUGUGGCCAGGGCGCUCCGGGACCGGGCCUGGCGUCCGCCGCCGGCUGCAAGCGCAAGUAUUACCCCGGCCAGGAAGAGGACGACGACGACGAGGAGGACGCGGGCGACCUGGGGGCCGAGCCCCCCGGGGGCGCCCCGUUCGCCCCCUGCAAGCGCGCCCGCUUCGAGGACUUCUGCCCGGACUCGUCCCCGGACGCGUCCAACAUCUCAAACUUGAUCUCCAUCUUUGGCUCGGGCUUCUCGGGGUUGGUGAGCCGACAGCCGGACUCCUCGGAGCAGCCGCCGCCGCUCAACGGGCAGCUGUGCGCCAAGCAGGCGCUCGCCAGCCUCGGCGCCUGGACUCGAGCCAUUGUCGCCUUCUAGGGACCCCCGAGGGCACGGGGACCCGGGGCCCCGCGGGGCUGGGGCCAGACAAAGACUCGGCCAAGGGGCGAGAGGAGGGAACGAACGGGCGCCCAGCCACUCGGGGCUGAGCCGGGGGCGAGCAGGGGGAGGCGGCUGGUGUUUUAUAAAUUGUAAAAUAAAAAAAAAGAAAUCUAAGAUCUUGGACUUUAUUUUUGCAGAGAGAAAAAGCGCCUAUUUAAGUAUGCUUUGUGUUUCUCUUACUCUUUUUUUCUUUUUAUUGUAGUGAUUGCAGUGGUGUUUAGCGAGGAGCCAGCCACGUGAGGGAGGGCUGCUGCCCGGAGGAGGUGCCGGGCAGCUGGGGGCGAGGGAGGGCGCCUGGGCCACCGGGGCGCGCCGGAGGCGCAGCGCAGGAGGGCGCCGGGCCCGGGACGCCGAUUCCAAUCAGUUGUCAGACCCAGGAAGCCCGGCGCUCGGUUCUCCCGACUCCCUCCGUGGGGUGAGGAACGGGUCUUGUGAAAUCCUGAGCAAAAACAAAGGCAAA